AUGAUGUUAAUGAAGGGUGGUAAAACAUCAGAAAAAUGGAAGUCAUAUCCAGUAAAAAUAAUAGGAACAUUUGAUUCAUAUGAAACUUCUGCUGCUAAAGAAAUUCAGAUAUAUAUGUCUGAAUCUGAAAAUGAUGAAGACAUUUUAAGGCAAGGAAAAAGGUUAAAGGUUGAUAAUAAAAAAAAUACUCAACCAUUGGAUUUAUAUAAUGACAGUAGUAACUCAAGCCAAGAAGAAAUUGUUUCUAUGGGCGUUUAUACAAAGUCAACGUCUGUUAAUGAUGAAACAUCGAAUUCUGUUAUGCCUUAUAGUAAUUACAAUAGUAUUAUAUCAACUGAUUAUAAAGCAUUAUGUGGCGCAGUUGAAUCAUCGUUAAAUUGUAAGAAAAUACAAAUAUAA